AUGGAAUCACAUGAGAAGAACGUGUUCACAGUGGGGCAAGACCUCAGCCCCACGACCACUGACAUCGUUGAAAUGAAACCAGCAGCAAACGGCGUGGAAGCUGGCCAAACGAAAAAGCUUAAAGACCUGGACGAUCUCCUACCAUACGUUGGAGACUUCGGCUGGUACCAGCGCAUACUGUUCCUGUUGAUGAUCCCUUAUUCCUUCUUCUUUGCUUUCGUAUACUUCGGUCAGAUCUUCAUGACACUGGUGCCUGAAGAACAUUGGUGCUACGUACCGGAGCUGGCGAAUUUGAGCGUGGAAGAAAGACGUCAUCUUUCAAUUCCAUUCGUCGACGGAAAAUAUGACAGAUGCUCUGUAUACGACGUAAAUUGGACAUCGGUACUACAGAAUGGAACCUUGACACCAAACCCAGAAUGGACCGUGAAGAAGUGCGAACACAAAUGGGAAUUUAACUAUUCUGAUGUUCCUUAUGAAACCAUUGCAUCGCAGCAAGGAUGGGUGUGCGACAAAGAUGACUAUCCAGCAACUGCUCAAGCAAUUUUCUUCUGUGGAGGUAUAGCAGGAGGUUUCAUUUUCGGAUGGGUGGCUGACAAAUAUGGAAGACUGCCGGCUUUGAUUGGUGCGAAUUUGGCUGGCUUCGUUGGCGGAUUGGGAUCAGUAUUUACCAAUGCUUUCUGGUCAUUCUGCAUUUGUCGAUUCAUUGUUGGACUGGCUUACGACAACUGCUUCAUCAUCAUGUAUAUUGUUGUGCUGGAAUACGUGGGGCUAAAAUGGAGGACAUUUGUAGCCAAUAUGUCGAUAGCUGUAUACUUCACAUUCGCCGCCUGCAUUCUGCCCUGGAUUGCUCUGGCUGUGAACGACUGGAAAAUCUAUACUCUCAUCAUCAGCGUUCCUUUAGCAUUAGCUGUGCUAACUCCUUGUGUGGUACCUGAAAGUGCUCGAUGGCUCAUAGCCCAAGGACGAAUCGAUGAAGCUAUCAAAAUUAUGCAAAAAUGCGAGCGAAUCAACAAGAAGAAGAUACCUACUGAAGUUAUCGAAGAGUUUAGGGUGACAGCAACAGAAAUAGCGAAGCAAGAACAAGAAUUGAAGAACUACAGCGUUCUGGAUCUCCUCAAGACACCUCGUCUUCGUCGCCACAGCAUACUCCUGGUCAUCAUCUGGAUGUCCAUAGCCAUGGUCUUUGAUGGCCAUGUCAGGAACGUUGGGUCCUUGGGCCUGGACAUCUUCAAGACCUUCACUGUCGCCACGUUCACAGAAUUUCCAGCUGAUGUCUUGCUGAUUCUGAUUUUGGACAUAAUUGGACGUCGUUGGCUGGCUUUCAGUACGAUGGUGAUCAGUGGAAUAUUCAGCCUUCUAGCCUGCACUGCACCUAUUGGUAUAGCCUCAGCCUCCCUAGCCAUCGUGGGCCGUUUCGCAGUGAACAUCUCAUUCAACAUCGGAAUGCAGUAUGCAGCAGAAUUACUUCCCACAGUGGUCCGAGCUCAAGGCAUCGCUCUCAUUCAUAUUAGCGGAUAUGUCGCUACUAUACUCACACCGUACAUCGUUUAUAUGGCGACCAUAGCAAGAGAGAUUCCCUUGCUAAUUUUGGGUGCUUUAGGCAUAUUUGGAGGUUUCCUAUGCCUGUUCCUACCCGAAUCCAUGGGCAAGGAAAUGCCUCAAACAAUCCAGGAUGGUGAAGAAUAUGGCCUCGACCAGAAGUUCUGGGACUUCCCGUGUUGCAACAGGAAGAAGGACAAGGAAGUCAAGAAUGAAACACGAUUUUGA